GUACUCUUAGUCCUGAUGUCACAGGCACAGCAAGGACAUCAGAAGGAGGAGUCAGAUUACAGUAAGAAUGGGCAGUGCAGCAUGCAGCCGGAGUAAACGCUAAAUCAGACAGGGAUUGUAUCAGGGAUAAGACUGCCUGCAAAGCGCUCAUCCUGAGGAGGCACGCUGCUCUCUCACGCUUCUCGUGCUGGGAAAUUUCCACAUAAUGUAGAAUGAAAGAGCUCUGUUUUACAUGUCAGCCCUGUGCAGGAGCUAAUGCUGAAUACACAGCGGUGGGAUCCUGACUGCAUGAUUAAUGAGAAACAUAAUGUAUUUUGGUGGUACAUGCCAGAGCCCUGCUCUUCCAGCCCUCGUGCGUCCUCCUGCGCCGCCCUUGCAGCCUUCGCUGGAUAUUAAGCCGUUCCUCCCGUUUCCUCUGGACACUGCCGCAGCAGUGAAUCUCUUCCCCAACUUCAAUGCAAUGGACCCAAUUCAAAAAGCUGUAAUAAAUCAUACGUUUGGAGUUCCUCUUCCUCAUCGAAGAAAGCAAAUCAUAUCAUGCAACAUUUGCCAGCUGAGAUUCAAUUCUGAUAGCCAGGCUGCGGCCCACUACAAAGGCACUAAACAUGCCAAGAAGCUCAAAGCACUGGAAGCCAUGAAAAAUAAGCAGAAAUCUGUUACUACCAAGGACAGCGCAAAGACUACCUUCACUUCCAUCACUACCAAUACCAUCAAUACCAGCUCUGACAAAACAGACGCUAACACAGGGACACCAGCAAUAUCAACGACGACAACCGUGGAAAUCCGGAAGAGCAGUGUUAUGACAACUGAGAUCACCUCUAAAGUGGAGAAAAUCCCCACAACAGCCACUAGCAGCAGCACUUGCCCUUCCAUUGAGACUGAGGAAGAAAAAGCAAAAAGACUGCUGUACUGUUCACUAUGCAAAGUCGCUGUCAACUCUGCCUCGCAGCUGGAGGCGCACAACAGUGGGACUAAGCACAAAACUAUGCUGGAAGCUCGGAAUGGAAGUGGAACCAUAAAAGCCUUUCCCCGGGCAGGCGUAAAAGGCAAAGGACCUGUGAAUAAAGGAAACACAGGCCUUCAGAACAAAACAUUUCACUGUGAAAUAUGUGAUGUGCACGUAAACUCUGAGACACAACUGAAACAGCACAUAAGCAGUAGAAGGCACAAAGACAGAGCUGCUGGGAAGCCACCUAAACCUAAAUACAGCCCUUACAACAAACUCCAAAAGGGAACACAUCCUCUAGGGGUGAAAUUAGUGUUUUCGAAGGAGCCGUCGAAGCCGAUGGCCCCGCGGAUCUUGCCCAACCCGCUGGCAGCUGCGGCGGCAGCUGCUGCUGUGGCUGUCAACUCCCCGUUCAGCCUGCGCACAGCCCCAGCAGCCACCCUGUUCCAGACUUCAGCGCUCCCUCCAGCGCUCCUACGACCAGCUCCUGGGCCUAUACGGACCACCCACACCCCUGUGCUGUUUGCUCCUUACUGAACUCCAGACAGGAAUUAAUUGUACUGCAAUAAUUUUUCAAAUCAAAAGAAAACAAAAAAAAGAAAAAAAAAAAGAAAAAAAAAAAGAAAAUCAAGGACAUUGAACUAUGCAGUGUUUAUUUAUAGUUUAAAGUAUAUAUGAAGAGCCAGAACUUUUGAUAGAGAACUGAACAAAUUCUGAAAGGGGAAAUGGGCAGUAUUUUCUCCAGAUGAGAACAUUUCUCUUGAGCAUUGAUCGUUUUAGAACUGAUCUCCAGCAUUGACUUGUAGUGACAUAUAAAACUUAUAAAGCCUUUUGACUGUGCAUUUUGGCACAUAUUUCCCUGCAAUGUCUUUCCUGCUUUAUGAAACAACUUACAAAUUUGUCUAAAGGGCAUUAACUGGUUCCAAUGUAUAUAAAAUACUUUAUUCUGUAGAUUAAAGAAGAAGGAAAAAAAAAAAAAGAAACACUGUGAAUAGUAGUACCCUUACCAAUCCUCCUGCCAAAUCAGCAGUUACUGGGUAUUUAUCUGAACAAAAGUAGAUACAAUAGAUGUCUUGUAAAACAGUAGUAUUGUGUCUCUAUCUAUGCCACUAGGUUUCUAACUGAGUUGCAAAAGAUAAAAUGAACAAAAUUAUGUCACUUUGGUAAGUAGUCAAAAAUUAUUACAAUAACGUGGAGCUGUUCCUAGUGAGCAAAGUUUUCCUCACUCACAGAAGAAUGAAAAUAAUCUAGGUUAGGACAAAGAAAGUGAUAACGAAGAUCUAGUGGGGGAAAAAUAAUUCAGAUGCUGUACACAGGAUGGGUCAAACCUUUUUUUAACUGAAAAUGUAUGUGUACACUGUGUGUUUAUUCAAAGAGUGUAAUACAUACAGGAUAGAUCAGUGUUUAAGACAUGACAGUGGAAAACAAAAAAUAUGCUCUUGUCAUGAAACAGGCCUGACACUUCAGUGUUGAGCAGAGGGAAGACACAAAUCAGUUACACAGAGUCAUAACUGACCAACGAAAACAGAAGAGAAAUCCUGGUCUCAUUUAAGUCAAUUUAAAGUUCCUUCUGACUGCAGUGUAGCCAGAAUUUCAUCCCAAGAAUGGCACAUAUUCGUUUUAUAUCACACCAGUGGGAGUGUCUGUAGAUACAGGUAAUAUUUUUUGCAAUAGGCUUAGUCUUAGCAGCAGACUUACUCCCUUGUUUUAUUUCCUACUGAUGUGAUAUAAAAUGUCUUAAUAUACCUAUAAAAUGUAAACAGUGACACAUGAGAUGCAUAUUACGAGAUAACUGCACACCAUGGGUUUGGAACAAAUACAACUUUUAGGAUCUCAAGGGACCCUUGAAUUCUGUAGCUGGCCAUUAUGUACGGACAGCUUAAAGCCUUAUGUAUUUACUGUGAGGCUUAAAGGGGUUGACUGUGUCCCUUUAAAGUAAGAUUUA